UAUGGACACAAAUGCCCAGAAACACAGAAGAGUGGCCUGAAACCAUUGGUUUGAAGACAGUAAGAAAUGGGUGACUGGAGUUUCUUGGGGAACAUUUUAGAGCAGGUGAAUGAGCAAUCCACUGUCAUCGGGAGAGUUUGGCUCACAGUGCUCUUCAUUUUCCGCAUCCUGAUCCUGGGCACAGCUGCCGAGCUCGUGUGGGGAGAUGAGCAGUCAGACUUUGUGUGCAACACCCAGCAACCUGGUUGUGAGAAUGUCUGCUACGAUGAGGCCUUCCCCAUCUCCCACAUCCGGCUCUGGGUCCUGCAGAUCAUUUUUGUAUCCACCCCUUCACUAAUGUACUUCGGGCAUGCUGUGCACCACGUCCGCAUGGAGGAGAAGAGGAAAGAGAGGGAGGAAGCUGAGAGGCGCCAGCAAGCUGAGGUGGAUGAAGAGAAGCUGCCCCUGGCUCCAAACCAAAACAAAGGCAAUAACCCUGAUGGAACCAAGAAGUUUCGCCUGGAAGGCACUCUCCUGAGAACGUACAUCUUACACAUCAUUUUCAAAACCCUCUUUGAGGUGGGAUUCAUAGUAGGUCAGUACUUCCUGUAUGGCUUCCGAAUUCUCCCCCUUUACCGCUGUGGGCGGUGGCCCUGUCCCAAUCUUGUGGACUGUUUUGUCUCCAGGCCCACAGAGAAGACCAUCUUCAUCAUGUUCAUGCUGGUGGUGGCUGCCGUAUCCCUCUUCCUCAACCUGGUGGAGAUCAGUCAUUUGAUCUUGAAAAGAAUCCGGAGGGCUCUGAGGAGACCACCAGAGGAGCAGCUUGGAGAGGUCCCAGAGAAGCCCCUCCACGCCAUCACAGUCCCCUCCAUCCCAAAGGCCAAAGGCUACAAGCUGCUGGAAGAAGAGAAGCCGGUGUCCCACUAUUUCCCUCUCACGGAAGUUGGGGUUGAGCCCAGCCCCCUUCCAUCAGCCUACAAUGAGUUUGAGGAGAAGAUUGGGAUGGGACCUUUGGAAGAUCUCUCCAGGGCAUUCGAUGAGAGGUUACCAUCGUAUGCGCAAGCAAAGGAACCAGAAGAGAAGGUACGAGCAGAGGGGGAGGAGGAACAAGAGGAGCAGCCUCAGGAAGAGCCAGGGGUGAAGAAAGCAGAAGAGGAGGUGGUGAGAGAUGAAGUGGAAGGGCCUUCAGCACCUGCUGAACUUGCCACUGAUAUGAGACCCCUGAGCAGGCUAAGUAAAGCCAGCAGCCGGGCCAGGUCAGAUGAUUUGACUGUAUGA